AAAUAUAUAAUAUAUUCAUAAUCGAUAAGCGUUCAACCUUAAGCCCACAAGAAAAAUAGUUUAAACAAAGAACUAGCUUUAUUGACAGGACACCCUCCUACAACAACAACAACAACAACAACAGCAAAACACACACAAAACCAAAGUGACAAAAAACCAAUUAAAACCAAAUUCUCAAGUAAAAACCCGAUUAAAAAAGAAAAGCAGUAAAAAUGGCCGACAAGAAAAUUGGUGAAUAUUAUUCGCCGCCGGUUAAAAUGGGGAAAUGGGAGGGUUUCAGAAAAUUCCUAUGGAACAGUGAAACUAGCCAAUGCCUUGGACGUACCGGUUCCAGUUGGGCAAAAAUUCUACUAUUCUAUAUAAUAUUUUAUGCGGCGUUAACUGGAUUCUUUGCUGCCAUAUUUGCGGUGUUCUAUCAAACAUUGGACAAUGAGAAGCCCAAAUGGAUGCUUGACAAUGGUUUGAUUGGAGCCAAUCCAGGUCUUGGCUUCCGACCAAUGCCCCCAGAGGCGAAUGUUGAGAGCACUUUAGUCUGGUACGAAUCAUCGAAGAAAGAUAACUACCAGUACUGGGUCGAUGAAACUGCACGAUUUCUGAAAUCUCACACUUACGAGGACGAGGAUAAACAGAACCAUGUAAACUGCUCCUUCGAGCAUCCCCCACCAGAGGGCAAGGUGUGCGGUGUUGAGGCCUCCAGCUUUGCUCCCUGCACAAUUGAGCAUAACUUUGGCUAUCAUGUGGCCCGGCCCUGCAUAUUCCUCAAGUUGAAUAAGAUUUACAACUGGAUACCAGAGAUUUACAACGACUCAAAAACUUUGCCCGACCACAUGCCCGAGGAGUUGAAGCAGCACAUCAAGGAGAAGCAACAGCUGCGACCAAAUGAGACUGGCGUCGUUUGGGUAUCCUGCGAGGGUGAAAAUCCCGCCGAUGUUGAGAACAUUAAGGCUCGCGAUUACUAUCCGCGCAUGGGUUUCCCACGUUUCUAUUUCCCCUUCAAAAAUAUAGCCGGCUAUAUACCGCCCAUUGUCGCUGUACAGUUCACUGUCGAAACCGGCGUCUUGAUCAACAUUGAGUGCAAAGCCUGGGCCCGCAACAUUAACCACGAUCGCUCGGACAGGAGAGGAUCCGUCCACUUCGAGUUGAUGGUCGACUAAGAGAUGCGUUAAUCAUCUUGGAGCAGCGGCGUAGACAGCAGCGCAGAAAGCAAUGAAGAAAAGCGAAUAAGGAGACGGACGGGAAAGUGUUUUGAGAAAGAGAAAUAGAAGCAACAAGAAGAACAACAAACCAUACACACACACACAAAGCAAAAGCAAAAGAAAAUGAUAAUGAAAAUGAAAAAGCAAGAAAAGAGAGAGCAAAAUGUAGCAGCAAAGCGUAAGCGAAAAGUUUAACAAGUACAGCAACAACCAAAGAGAACACUAAAAAAUGCUACAAGAACAAAAGAAAAACCUUUAACAAAAAAAAAAAAGAAAUACAAAAACCUAGCGCUAAAAGAAAAGCAAAAACCAAAUGGAAAAAAAACCCAAGAGAAACAAAAACCAAAAAGAUAAAAAACAACCUACCCAACGCUAAAAAGAACGCCCCCACACAUACACAUACACAGAUAUACCACACACAUACACACACACACCACACACAC